AGCCCAUUGUUACAGCCCUCUCUUGUUAUAAGACAGUAGUCAUCUCACAAAGUAACUCAGAUAUCGCAGCGAGGAACACAGCACAUCGGGAAAAAUGCCGCCCCACGUGAAGCCCAAGUCAAAAAUUACGGCCUCCCGGAAGCUUUCCCUAAAGAUCCUGCUCCUGUCCAAGGCCAUGGAGGAGCUGGAGAAGGAGACGAUGGACCGGGACGAAGAGAAAGUGCGGUAUCUGGGUGAGAAAAUGGCCCCUCUGCAGAUGUCUGGACUCUCAAUGGACGAGCUACAGAGUCUCUGCAAGCAGCUCCAUCACAAAAUUGACGUUGUGGACGAGGAGCGUUAUGACUGUGAAGCGAAAGUCAUCAAGAACAACCGAGAUAUCCACGAGCUGAAGCUGAAGGUCCAGGACCUGGGGGGCAAGUUCAAGAAGCCGGCCCUGAGGAAGGUGCGCGUGUCCGCAGAUGAGAUGAUGCGCGCCCUGCUGGGCUCCAAACACAAGGGCUCCAUGGACCUGCGCGCCAACCUCAAGUCCGUCAAAAAGGAGGACAUCAAGCAGGAGAAGGUGCUCACCACCGAGGUCGGGGACUGGCGUAAGAACGUGGAGGCCAUGUCUGGCAUGGAGGGCAGGAAGAAGAUGUUCGACGCGGCCGGUGGCGCAGGCCAGUGAGCGCCACGGCAACCCUGGAGCC